UUGAGAGCGCACAUGAAGGCGCUCGAGGCGAAAAUUCCAUCUGAAAUCUGGUCUAUCGAUAUGAAAAUAAGUACUUAUGGUGGUAGCAGUUCAGGGUACUUAGUACACCUUCUUUUCAUUCCGGGACGUUCCGAAUGAACUUCGUGAACUUUGAUCAAACUCGUUAAGUUCUCGUGCACAGUGACGCAGGAGAGGUAUCUCCCGUACGUACACUAACCGUAGCAUCAAUCAAUCUCACCGUAACAACAACUUGAACCCAUCGCACUCUACCAUGUACAGAAUCAAUCCCAUCUUACCACCAACUACUACAUUACCAUCCAGUUCUGCAAGGCGAGCAUCCGUCUUCGCCAUCUACGUCGCUGCCGAGCUUCAAGAUAAUCCAUGAAUAGCAUCGGCAUUCGUUCUGAGGUGGUAGUUUGGUUCGGACAAGAACCUCCCAAGUGGGUGACGGACCUUGUCCAGUUCCACCUCGUCGAAGCCGUUCCCAAGUCAAAGUAUGAUUCUCAUAGACAAGGGGUCCUUGCCAAUUACGAACUCAAUUAAUAAAUUCACCCACGGCUGCGUCAUCCCACUGCCGGAUUGUGUAGAAAAGUUUGUCAAGGAACGCGAUGUGCCUGCGUCUCAGUUCAGCAGAGUUCCUGUUUGUAUCGAGCCCA